CCGGCUACUUCGGUAAACGGGGGACCUUGGGAUAAAUUACAUAUUCCGCCCUGUUUGAGUGACCUGAUCAAAGUCUGAAACCCUGUAAAAGAAGAAAGAAGAAGAAGAAUACCUUGUUAAAAGUCUAAGACGUACAAAAGGGGAAAGAAGAAGGAGAAGACCUUAUUAAAAGUCUAAAACGUACAAAAGAGGAAAGAAGAAGAGUAGUCAUAUUACUGGCAGGGAGUAUAGAUUGUAGAAUAGUCUAAACCUUCUAAAAUAAGGAAGAAUAAUAGCUUUGGAGUGAAUAGUUUCCUUAUCCAAGCAAGGCAUUAGUUAUUAACAAUGUCUUGCGAAUCCAAAAAGCGAAAACACGAGGAAAUAGAACCUGUUCUUGAUUCUAUGAAUGAAAAAUCAGCAGUUUUGUUUUUAGUUCAAGAAGGCAUUCAGGGAAAGCGAUUUCAACUGAUGAAGAAUUUUGCUGCAAAGAAUGGAUUUCACUGUGAAGAUCAGCUGUGCGAAAGAGUAACUCAUGUUAUAUCCGAGCUGGAUAAUGUUAAGCAGAUUAAGAAGUUAUAUCCACAGCUGUCUCAGAACAGUCACGUUAAGGUUGUUUCAUCUCAGUGGAUGUAUACAUGUGUUCGGCAGAAAAUGCAUGUGCCAGAAACCAAUUUCCUAUUAGAGGGUUAUCACCAGUGGUUAGCGGAGAGUCUGCAGGAUGCUCAGGGUUCAAGUACAAGAAGUGAACUGGGAUUACAAAAUGAAUCAGUUGGCAGCAAACAGAAACUGGCAAAGGAUAAUGGGGAUAUGGGUCACACAGAGCAUAAUAAAAAGACCUUCAAUGAGAAUAUCCUUGAACGAAAUGCUAAAUUACAAAACCAUAAUAUGAAAUUGGUGGAAUCAUUAACAUUUAUGAACAAUUACUGGACUGUCAUGGGUGAUGAAAGAAGAGCACUAGCAUAUGCUAAAGCUGCAGCCACCAUCAAAUGUCUCCCUUUCACGGUCACGACAAUGGAGCAGAUUGAGGAGCUGAAAGGUUUGGGAACUGGACAUUGUCUCAAGGUAGUGCAAGAGGUUCUAAGAACUGGAACUUGUAGAGAGGUCACUACUAAAGCAGAAUCUGAAAGGUAUAUAGGACUAAAGAACUUGACUACUGUGUAUGGUGUUGGUGCAGGUCUUGCAGAGAAGCUUUAUACAGUUCAUAAUUUAAGAACUGUUCAAGAUUUGAUCACUCAUUGGAAUCACUUGAAAUUAGCAGAUGAGAGGAUCAAGUAUGGUAUGGAUUUACAGUACAAGUGUAAUAAGAAACUCUUACAAUAUGCUGCACUAGCCAAUUUGACUUGCUUAGAAUUGCAUUCAUAUUUUGCCUUUUACAGAGGCAAAAAAACUGGGCAUGAUGUGGACUUUCUGAUCUCUUAUAAGAAGGAUGGGGAAGAAGUUGGAGUUCUUUCAAAGCUUUUGCUUAGCCUCACGAACAAGGGACAUAUUAUUCAUCAAAAAGUGGAAAAAUCAACUUUUGAUGAAGAGGCAGUAUUCAGGAAAGCGUCGGAAAAAGUAAACCCAAUGGAUCAUUUUGAGAAAUGUUUCUGCAUAUUUAGACUCCCAGAGUGUGAACCUUGGACAUCAUCUAAUAUACUGAAUAUAGGGAGAGACUUUGAAAGCCAUCUUAAGGAAGGUGAAAGCAAAAGAGAUUGGAAGGCAGUCAGAGUAGACUUUGUAUUUGUUCCUGCCAGCCAGUGGGGCUAUGCACUCCUGGGCUGGACCGGUAGCAAGCUAUAUAUGCGUUUGCUGCGUCAUUAUUCCAAUCAUUAUUUAAAUAUGUUGCUCAACAGCCAUGGUCUUUGGAACAGGACAGACAAUACACUUCUCCCAGCCAAAAAUGAAGAAGAGGUCUUUCAAAACCUUGGUUUGAGUUAUAAGGAACCAUGUGACAGAAAUUUUUAAUUUUUUUCAGUUGAGCAAGAAUUUUAUUGAAUUUAUAAUAGAGUUAAUGAAAGAAACCAUUCUAAAUGUGUAAUUCCAUUAUGAUGUAUUAUAUAUUUUUAGGAAAAUAUUAUAAAAAAUGAAUAAAUAAAGUUUUCACUAGACAGUA